GUGAAAAAGAAAGCGAUUCGCCCUUGGCCAUACAAGAGCGCACUCCUCACUGACAGGAUUUUACUACUAACAAAAAUACAUGUAACCCACAGAAGAAGAAACAGAAAACACCAUCUAUCACAAAAGCAGGAGAGACUGUGUAUAUGCUUCAGUCAUAUAUGUCUGCACACGAGUUUAAGCUUGGUUUUCCUGACAUCCAGAAGCAGGAUUUUGGUGCGCGUCUCAGGAACAGAAGAACCAGCUCUAAUUACUGUCCGCCUGUUUUUCUAUGAACUCAGAUCAACACAGCUUUCUUGUCGUCCUGGUCCGGGCUAUAAAAUUGGGGCGCGCAAACCCCCGAUUCUCCACUUUCAGCAGCACCUUGACGCUUGAGCAGAAAGUUAUGCAGCAGCUCAGUUUCUGACGACCGAAAAGUUGCGGAGUGCCUCGCCUCUCUUCAGCAGCGCAGAAGAAAGGACAAUAGAUGUACUGCGUGUUUGUUGUUUUAAACGGAGGAGAAGAAGGAUAAGGGGGAAAAUAAUAAAAAAGUAUAAUUACACAAGAACUGUCGAACUGAGAGAACAGCCCCAGCACCGAAAGGUAAAGCGGGGGCAAUAUAGUGGCGAUCCUGAAUUUGGGGUUUCAAGUUUCAGUUUCUUUGCCCGUGAUAUUAAACCGUGCGUUUGACCUAGGAGAACUUGUCAACGGGAAGCGGAGAAAACCUGGCAGGUGUACAAUUAUAUCCACAUUUAUAAGUUUAUCUCGGCAAGUAUAAAUAGUACUCGAUCUUUGGGACACACAUCUUUUUAAAAUAAAUAUCUACAAACGAACUUUAGUUUCAUCCCCCGAGGCUGCUAGUGGCAGUCUCUGUCGACGGGUCACUUUGGCUAAGUCAUUGGCUUUGCGGACUGGUGUUGCAUGGACUGAAAUGGCCUCCGACCUCGCUAUGAGCGCCGAGUUGCCGAACAGCCCCCUGGCCAUCGAGUAUGUCAACGAUUUCGACCUGAUGAAAUUCGAAGUGAAGAAAGAGCCCCCCGAGGCGGAAAGGUACUGCCACCGUUUGCCGCCGGGGUCUCUCUCCUCUACCCCCAUCAGUACCCCCUGCUCCUCCGUGCCUUCUUCGCCCAGCUUCUGCGCGCCCAGCCCCGGGGCGCAACCAAACCAGAACCCCAACAGCAACGCGAACAGCAGCAACCAAAACCCGACAGGCAAACCCCAGCUGGAGGACCUGUACUGGAUUCCCAACUACCAGCACCACCUCAAUCCGGAGGCCCUGAACCUGACUCCCGAGGACGCGGUGGAAGCCCUGAUAGGCAACGCGCAUCACCAUCACCACCACCACCAGGCCUAUGAGGGGUUCCGAGGGCAGCAGUUCGGCGGGGAAGACCUGUCUGGUGCCGCCACGGGCCAUCACCACCAGGUGCAUCACCACCAUCACCACCACGGCCACCAUGUGCGGCUGGAGGACCGCUUCUCGGACGACCAGUUGGUCAGCAUGACAGUACGGGAGCUGAAUCGGCAGCUGCGGGGCUUCAGCAAAGAAGAGGUCAUUCGCCUGAAGCAGAAGCGCAGAACCUUAAAGAACCGCGGCUACGCGCAGUCCUGCCGGUACAAGCGGGUACAGCAGCGGCACAUGCUGGAGAGCGAGAAGUGCACCCUGCAGAACCAGGUGGAGCAGCUGAAGCAGGACGUGGCCAGGCUGGUCAAGGAGCGGGAUCUGUACAAGGAGAAGUACGAGAAGCUCGCCAGCAGGACCUACAGUAACAGCAGCAGAGAUCCCUCAGCCGCUAACCCCGGAAAAAACUCGUCGGCGGAGUUCUUCAUCUAAUGAAAAACAACGAGACAAUCAGAGACAGGCAUGGAGAAGCUCAUACCUACUGCUGUACACCUGAAGUCAGCGUCUAGAUUUGUACAGGGUGAGAGUGGAUUUUUGGUGCGGGUGAAGAGACAAUUAUGCAGUUUCUCAGACCUGCUCUCGUCGAGUUUAUCUUAACAGAGGUGCAGAGUGAUCUCUGAGGCUGACAUUUUGCCUCCAGUUCUUGUCCGUGUCCAGGAAAAGGAAUUUCCAGAAUGAUACAAAACUAGAGAAUAGUGACCAACUUGUUUGUGGGUUUGUGUUUCUAACAGCUGAGUAGGCCUAUACUAGAGUCGCUCUGGGCAGGAGACAGAACAUGUAGUGUUGAGCACAGGUUGUGCUGCUCUGGGAGUAAAUCACAGUGGAUUGCUCUUAUUUGAGGGUUCAGGUCUGACUCUUCCUCACGCAUUCUUGUUUUUUUUUAUGCUGUAUGUUAUUGUUGGCUCUCAUUUUAAGAUAUCGUUUUGAGUGAAUCACAGCCAAUGAAUGUGAAAGUUUUCGCCAGACUGAUCGAAUGGCUUUCUAUUUCUUAAAAAAGUUUCCCCGUCUACCAUUUCGCUGUAUGAUUUUAACUUAAUAACCAAGUUUUUUUUUUAUAGCAUGCGUUUUUACUGCAGAGGAACAAUAAUGUUUCAAUACACUGUAUCAUUUAAGAUCACAUAUACUGUAUGUGGUGGUUUUUAGGUACGUGUAUCAUAGAAUCAUGCCAGCUGUUCUUUUCUGCAAUUGUUUCUCAGAAAUGAAAUUUCUCCUGUGCUUGCGCAUGUUAUUAAGUGGUGAUCCUUUACUCAAAGUCAGGAAUGUUUUGGAUUUGAGCAAUUCACACAUUCCCAGUGCCUGUUUUGUCAAGCUUAGGGGUUUUGGAACAUCGGGAUAUCCACCAUUACAGUGUGUGAGCGAAACCGUUCCUGAUUAGGAUGGAAUUAAAAAAGGCCCUUCACAAAGUAUCACUGCUUAAUACUCCUGUGAAGAGAAAAGCUUAUGGAUAGAAGGCUUGUUAUGUUUUCAGAUUGGUUUUGUAUUUGAGGAAAUUCCAGCUGAAGAAAGGGCUCAGGCAAAAAAAAAUGGUGCAGAGAAAGAAAAAACGUUAAUUUGUAGGACAAAUACAUUUGCCUUUGCAUACAUCACAAGACAAAGAAUAAAUAUAACAUAAGAGUAAAAGGGUUGUAUUUAUUUCUUACAAUUAGUGCCAACAAAAAAAUAUAAAAGCAAUAGUAGUACUGUAACAUAAAGCAGUAAAAAGCCUUUAAAUAAUGUUACCUCUAAAAAUGACAACA